AUGGUUAAAAAUCAUGAUAUGUGGAACUCAAAUCAUGACAAAAUUUCACCUGCACUAAGACUGAGCUAUGAGCAAUUGCCAUCUAAUCUCAAAGUAUGUCUUGCUUACUGCUCAAUAUUUCCCAAGGGCUGUGUGAUUGAAAUAGAUAAAUUAAUACAGUUGUGGGUAGCAGAGGGUCUCAUUAGUCAGGCUUCUAAUGAAUCCGAAGAUCUUGAGGACAUUGGGACUCGAUAUUUCCAAGAGUUAUUGUCGAAAUCCUUUUUUCAAGAUGUUGAAGAAUAUCGUUCCAUUUUUACCUCAAUCUGUAGAUUGCAUGACCUUGUACAUGAUCUUGCACUGUCAGCAGCAGGGUUUGAAUUUUGUCUGGUGACUUCUCAUAUACAAAACAUUUCUGAUGAGGUCAGACAUGUGGCAUUUUCUGACUAUGAUUUGUCAGGCAAGGAACUGCCAGCAUCCCUUCUCAAUAACCAGGCAUUAAGGACCAUAUCCUUCUCCAUCGGUGGCAUAGGGCCAAUGAGUACAUUGUACGUUGAGAAUUGCAUAGCAAGAUUCGUGCAACUUAAAGUUCUAGAUAUCAGUGAUUCAUGUUUUGAUGAGCUGCCUAGCUCUGUUGGCGAAUUGAAGUACUUAAGAUAUCUUGAUGUAAGUGCCAAUGGCAGCAUUAAAGAAUUACCCAAUUCGAUUAACAAGCUGCUGAGCUUACAGACACUUAGAGUUUCUCAUUGUGCACAACUUGAAGGGCUACCUAAAGAUAUUGGAAAUUUGAUCAGCCUAAAGCACUUGUAUAUAACCGCCAAGCAAGCCUGUUUUCCUGAUAAAGCAAUUGGCUGCUUAUCAUCUCUUCGUUCUUUGUUUAUUUACAGCUGCAACAAUCUCGUAUCUUUGUCUGAAGGUCUGCAACAUCUGACUAGCCUUCGCACAUUGGCAAUCAUCGGCUGCCCAAGACUGACCUUUUUCCCAAGUGCUAUGAAACACCUUACUGCUCUGGAGAAUCUGUUGAUUGUUGACUGUGAAGAGCUUACAUUGUUGGAGUGGCAAGAUAUUGAAGGGCUUAGGAUGCUCCGGUCACUGGUUAUCGGAGGCUUACGCGAAAUGGAGUCAAAAGAUGUUCAAUGCCUUGGGAGCCUUCAGAUGUUGGUGCUUGCUGGUUUACCACAGUUAGCUACUUUGCCUCGAUGGCUUGAAGGUGCUAGUUCUACUCUACAGUAUCUGAGGGUAGAAAGGUGCCUGAAUUUUGCAGCAUUGCCAAAGUGGCUGGAAAAUCUCACCUCACUUGAAAAACUUGAAAUAUCCAAGUGCAGUACAUUAUUUUCAUUGCCCGAGGGGAUGAGUUGCCUCACUAACAUGAAGGUACUUAGGAUCGACAACUGA